CUGUUUUCCUACUGUUGAGUCACUAGUUGACAGAACAUCAAAGUGCGUUGCAGAAUAUAUCGCAGAGUUUGCAUCAUGGAAGUAAAGUAUUUUGCAGAAAUAUCCUCAUUUUAAUAAUUAUGUGCGCAUGUGCGUCCAAACAGCAGCGGUCCAGCACUUGCCGGCCGCGUCAUUCUUACAAAUAGAUACAUUGCGAUCGUUUAGCGCGAGAAAAGUUUAUGUAGCGAUCGCGUCGCGUGACGUUUGAAAUUCCGCGAAACUCAACAGGAGUGGCACUUGUAGUCGCCAUCGAUUGGUUGCAUCACACAAGUUUGUUUCACGAUAACGCGUAGUUGUUGAAGUGUAUGAAUUGUUUAUUGAUAGUCGGCAGAUCCCGGAUUUAACAUUCGCCUUAUAUAUGACUCUUAAAAGAUAGCGAGGGAAUUACCAAGCUUAAUAAAGAAACAAUAUCUAUAAGCAAAUCGUGAUAAUUAAUUGUAAAAUCGCAGUAUUGUUAGAAAUUGUGGUACUUCGUUCUGGAUAGGAAAUCCAAUAAAGAAAAAAAAGAAAAGUUUGUUUCCGAUAAUAUUCAUGGGCAUGUCACUAUUUGCCUGUUGCGUCCGUCAGAAUAAUCGAGCGGAAGAAGCACGUCAGCAAAUGCUGCAGACGAAGGAGCCGCCGGAGUUAUCGUGGGAGAACACGCUGGGUUCACCCCAUGGUGUGCCCUUCGACGACGAUACGAAGGACUUGCUGAAAAAAUGCCUCGAUGUCUCCGUGCCACCACCGACCAGUCUGGCGGAGCUAAUCAAGCGGGGCGAUGCAUUUCCCGUGAAGUUUCCAAUUAGCACCAUGAGAUGCGCCUCCCUGAGGGAUAGGGGAGUCAGCGCGGAGACUAUUGAGUUAAACGCGAAUUCGACAUAUCCGCUGAUACACGAGGCGAUGUUGCCCAUGAUUGCUGGAUGGUUGAAACACAAGCGGUUGUACGGUAGCGCUGUCGAGAAAGCCUUGUAUAAAGAUAUGAGCCUCAUCCAAUUCAUUCACCGCCUGCUGGAGAAAAGGGCUAUUUACUUUUACGGCCCAAACGAUCGAUGGAAAUUAAUCGACAACAAGACUGGCAUCGACGGAUGGGAGAGUAUUGGUACGAGCAAUGAGAAGGAACCAUUGGUCCUAACAAAAUGCUUGAGCUACGACGAGAUAAAAUUAUCGGCGAUGAUGGUGGUAUCAUCUCACACGGAGUUCAUAAACGACGGCGCGCGAAAUAAUAGAGGCAUCGUGAGCAGUGACCCAGACGCAGUCCAACCUCGUGGGGUUAUUAUGGGUGUCAUAGGCACAAGAUUGGAAAGGCCCCGAGUUAUGGAGUAUCAGGAUAUUCUCAUCACGCCGUUGCAAAACAAUAUAAAUAACGGGUAUGGACCCGGGAUAGAUGGCACGUCCGAAGAAAAACGUGGGAUGCGUGUUUUAUGGGCGAAGUUUUACGGCGCGGAUUAUCAUCCGCUCUAUGAGGAAAUUGUGAAAGGCGUUAAAUCGAAAGAAAACAAACGUUACUUAUCGUUAAGCAGCCAGACUAUCUUCGAUAUCGAGAAUUACAUGAAGAGGACUCUACUCUCCGUAGAAAUAAUAUUGCUCGAGGCGAACACUCGCGCCGAGAAGCAAAACACGACCGCUUUCUUGCACGUGGUCGGUUUUGGCCUCGGUGUCUGGCAAGUAAUUCAGGAUCAACAGAUGUAUUUCCUGAAAACGUUCGAGAUCGCUAUUAAAAAGAUGAACAAGAAGCUCAAGUACGUUUCUGAUAUCAUGUUCUCUUACUUCCGGCAGCAGAAGUGCGGCGACGCAGGAAACGGCGAUUAUCUGGGCAAUAUAAAAAUUCAUUUUGCCAUGAGAGAACCACACAGUAAGCUAUUUCGAGGUACUGAUGCGAAUAAACUGCUCAUUGUCACUUAUGCCUGGGAUGGAAACGCGUUGCCAGGAAACGAAUUCUGGAAUGGUUAUCUAGAGUCCAGCGGCGAUCCAGCGGCGGCGUGCAGCAGCCAAAUAACCGAGCUGCAUAAUUCCAGAAUCAAUCCACGCGCAUGCGGCUUCAGUUUGCACGUUGCAUCUGCGGCACACGGAAUUCUGCACAUAUCGGAUUACGCAAAGCUUCACCUUACUUAGGUAAUAUCCGAUACGUGCUUCUUUAUCGCCGCCGGUCUUCUUUGUUGAAUAAAGUUCUAUUUUGUGAACGUAAUCACGUGUGCGAAAUGAUAAACGAUGUUGCCUUCAUGCCUUUGCAUAAUCGAAAAAUUGCGAAAAUUAUUAUUCCUUCUUUAUCCUUUAAUUUUUUAAUAAAAUCAGUAUAAUAAUUGAUGGUAUAUUGCAUGUAUUUACCGGAGAAUAUUUUAUAUCGAAAAAA